GUACCAGUGGGAACUCCAGAACUCUCACCCCCUUGCCUGCCUCUGCCUCGUCUUUGCCCACUGAACAGCCAUGAGAAGGCAGCUCCGGUCCAGAAGGGCUCCGGCCUCUCCUUACGGUUAUCGCUCCAGACUUGAUGAUCAGGAUGAAGUGAACCAGAACUACUUAGCAGAUGAAGAGGAAGAAGCUGAAGAAGAAGCUCGGGUGAUGGUGGUACCCGAUCUGGAGGAGGAGGAGGAGGAAGAAGAGGAGGAGGAAGAAGAGGAGGAGGAAGAAGAGGAGGAGGAGGAAGAGGAGGCGAAGGCGGAGGAAAAGGGUCAGGGUCAGCCAGCAGGCAAUGCCUGGUGGCAGAGAUGGCAGAUCGUGAACGAAUACCUGUGGGAUCCGGAGAAAAGGAUGUCUCUGGCCCGAACAGGUCAGAGUUGGAGCCUGAUUUUAGUCAUUUACUUCUUCUUCUAUGCCUCCCUGGCUGCUGUGGUCACUCUCUGCAUGUACACGCUAUUUCUGACCAUCAGUCCUUACAUGCCGACCUUCACUGAGAGGGUGAAGCCUCCUGGAGUUAUGAUUAGACCCUUCGCCCAUAGCCUUAACUUCAACUUCAACGUUUCUGAACCUGACACUUGGCAGCAUUAUGUCAUUAGCCUAAAUGGAUUUCUCCAGGGUUACAAUGACAGUCUUCAAGAGGAAAUGAAUGUAGAUUGUCCCCCGGGGCAGUACUUCAUCCAAGAUGGCGAUGAGGAGGAAGACAAGAAGGCCUGCCAAUUUAAGCGCUCCUUCUUGAAGAACUGCUCUGGCUUGGAAGACCCUACUUUUGGCUACUCUACUGGACAGCCUUGCAUCCUUCUAAAGAUGAACCGGAUUGUAGGCUUUCGUCCUGAGCUUGGGGAUCCUGUGAAGGUGUCCUGCAAAGUUCAGAGAGGCGAUGAAAAUGACAUCCGAUCCAUCAAUUACUACCCAGAGUCGGCUUCUUUUGACCUUCGCUACUACCCUUACUAUGGCAAACUGACUCACGUUAACUACACCUCCCCGCUGGUGGCAAUGCACUUCACAGAUGUGGUGAAGAACCAAGCGGUGCCUGUCCAGUGCCAGCUGAAGGGCAAGGGCAUCAUAAAUGAUGUCAUCAAUGAUCGUUUUGUGGGUAGGGUGAUCUUUACUCUGAACAUAGAAACCUAAGAACUUUGCGGGGCACUCCCACUAGUUCUGUUUCUGUUUUAUUUCAUGUAACCCCUGGUAGGACCUGAAUUCUUUUUCUUCGCUCAGGACACAGCCAGAUGGACGCCUAAUACAGCAGAUCAUCUUUCCUUGCCUUUGACAUAUGUAUAAAAUGACAUUGUGGGAUUGAUUUUUUAAAGGUAGUCUCUCCUGAUAACAAAUAGGUGAUUUUAAUUUCCUUUC